GCUUGCAGAGGAAUAAUAAAGCACGCCAUACAUAUCUGCAUGCCCAAUUGCUGAGGCUCAUAAAAAAAACCCACCAAACUCAAACCUAAUUAGUCAUCACUACCAAUUGCAGAGCAACCAAUCCUUCUCCUUUAAAUUCAAACAAAUCUUUUGAAACUAACCCACUCCAUGGAUAUAGACACCCACAAACGUACCCACUACGCUUUGAACGGCAAGAUCAUGCUCUGCUCAGUCGUCAUUCUCUUCGUCGUAGUCUUCACCAUCGCUUGCUUCCACAGCUACGUCCGCUGCUUCUUCCACCGCAGUCGCCACCAACGACAUCGUCGCAACCACCGCUCUCUCACCUCCCUCCUCGAGACCACUCUCUCUUCUAUUACCAAUCCAAAGGCCUUGGACCCCUCUGUUCUCAAAACCCUACCUGCUUUUACUUACUCUGCCACCACCGGCACCAAAAACGCCGUCGUAACACCGCUGGAGUGCGCAGUGUGCUUAUCGGAGUUCGAAGAUCAAGAGCAAGGCCGUCUACUGCCCAUGUGCAACCAUGCCUUCCAUAUCGACUGUAUCGACACUUGGUUUCAGUCGCAGUCCAAUUGUCCACUCUGCAGGGCGCCGGUACAACCCGAUAUUCCGGUUCCUAAGCGAGAGAUUUCGCCAGAAAUCUCAAUAACAGUGAAUGAACCCUCCGGUUCGGAGCAAGAGAGGAGUAAGGGUAACAUGGGUUUUUCAAGAUGCGCGUCGUCGACGAGUUUAUCGCCGGAGGAAUGUGGGAGGAAGCCAUUCACGGAGUGGUGGGGGUAUCUGUUCUCGUGGAUGAGGUGCCUAAUCGUAUCUGUUUCGGUUCACCCAAAAACAAUUACAGCGGACAAAAAUCUUCGGGUUCGGGCACCCAGAUUCUGUCGUUAAAGAGGAUAUGGAGCAUAUAGGCACAGAACAAUCUGAUCCAUUUGGAUUUUUGUAGUGCAGUGGGGAAUAUAAUAUUUUGGCGCUUUUGUUUUUCUUUGGCAGCGUCUUGGUACACACCUUGUGGUUGUAUUUGUAUUUGUAUAAUAUGUUUGUAUAAAUAUAUACAUUAACUCA